CCCCAGGGGCAGAACUACUCCCAGAGGGUUACUGCAGCCAGGAACUGAGCACAGGCUGGGGAAGUUGGGCGUAGCCUUAAACUUUCUGCAGCUCUGCUGGGUGUGGUGAGGGAUGUCUAUCUUGGUGGGGCUCCCUUGGAGAAGAACCCCUGGGGGCCACUGGCUGUGUCCCAGUGGUGAUAAGCACAGGUUCUGUGCCUUGCCCAAGGCAGUGCUGGCUGUGGCUCCUUCUGUCCGGGCCCAAGCGGACUCCUUCCCCAUCUGCCUGUGGUGCCUGAAGCCCUUCGGUCCUCUCUCUUACGCUCCUGCUUCUGCCCCCAGCUCCUGCUCCCGCUGCAGCACAGAUGGGGCUCCCCUGGGGCUGUGGCCGCCCCAGCCUCACCGGCCAUGCCAGGGGCCUCCUGACUUCCCUCGUCACUCUGCACCUCCUUCGGCUGGGCUCAGCCCAGCUCACAGUGGUGGGACCAGGCCACUCUGUCACUGCCACCGUGGGGCAGGAUGUCGUGCUGCCCUGCCACUUGUCCCCUCAACGCGAUGCUCGCAGCUUGGAGGUCAGGUGGAUCCGGGACAGUAUCUCUGAGACAGUGCACCACUACCGCAAUGGAGAGGAUCUGUACGGGGAGCAGAUGGAGGCAUAUGCCGGGAGGACAGAGUUGGUCAGAGAUGGUCUCUCUGCUGGAAGACUGGACUUGCGAAUCACGGGGCUGAGACCCUCUGAUGAUGGCCAGUACGUCUGCACUGUGGUAGAUGGUCAUGCUUAUGACGAAGCCAUUGUGGAGCUGGAGGUGUCAGCCACAGGCGCUGACCCCCACCUCUCCCUGGGGGGCUACGAGGCCGGAGGCGUCCGGGUGCUGUGUCGAUCGGCCGGCUGGUACCCGCUGCCGCAGCUGCUGUGGAGGGAUGCUCGCGGGCAGCACCUGCCCUCGGUCUCCCAGACACAUUCCCAGGACCAGGAGGGGCUCUUUGAAAUCGAAGGUGCCGUCAUCGUGACCGGGAGCAUGGAGGGGCCCUUGUCCUGCGUGGUCAGGAACAGCCGCCUCCAGCAGGAGCAGGAAUCAUCCCUGCACAUUGCAGCUCCCUUCUUCCACAACGCCCAGCGCUGGAUGGUGGCUCUGGCUCUGAUCCUCGUGCUUUUGGCUGUGUCCAUUGGCCUCGGUGUUUAUCUCUUUCGAAAGCAAGCGGCACAGAGGCGAGAGCUGGUGAACAGAGAUGCAAAGCUGGAGGAACAACCUGCAGAGAUCGAGGAAAAAGAUGCAAGACUGGCGGAAUUGGCUGCCAAAGUGGAGGAACAAGCUGCAGAGCUGGUGAGAAAAGAUGCAAGUAUGGCGGACCAAGCUGCAGAGCUGAAGAAACAAGCUGCAGAGCUGGUGAGAAAAGAUGCAACUAUGGCGGAACAAGCUGCAGAGCUGGCAUGGAGAAGGUGUCUGCUGCCUCAUAACAGAGUGAAGGUGACCCUGGAUCCGGACACGGCUCAUCCCCUGCUUGUUGUGUCUCAGGACAACUGCAGUGUGAGAUGUGAAAGUGAAUGGCAGAAGGUUCCUGACACACCAGAGAGAUUUGACUACCGGUGGUGCGUGCUGGGCCGUGAGGAGUUCAGAGAGGGGAGGCACUGCUGGAUGGUGGUGGUGGAGGUAGAGCGGCUAAAGGAUUCACGUUGGGCUGUGGGGGUGGCCAGGGCUUCUGUGGAGAGGAAGGGGUAUUUCAAAAGGAGCCCUGUAGAAGGGAUCUGGGCUGUGGAGUACAAUGAGGGGCACCUCACAUCUCUCACAUGGCCUCCCACUCCCUUGUCCCUGUCCCCUGUCCCCACAAGGAUCUGGGUCUGUCUGGACUGUACCCAGGGGCAGGUGUCUUUUAUCAAUGCUGACAAUGGGGUCCAGAUCUUCACUUUCACAGCAGCCUCCUUCAAUGGGGAGAGCAUCCGCCCCUGGUUCUGGGUGGAGACAGUGGGAAUUCAGCUGUGCCUGAGGGACAGAACACCCCAGACCCUGUCCCCAGCCCUGGGGGGCUCCUGCCCUUCUCCAGACACUCCUGCAUCACCUCUCCUUGAUCCUGCAGGACCAGCACAGGAAUGAGGGGCAGUGGGACCAGGGGCUGCCCUGUGUUCCUCCCUGCUGCUGGAGGAGGGCUGGGAUGCUACAAGCAGGGGCCAUGCCCCUUGCAGCCCCUGGGCUCUGCCCUGCACGCGGCUCCUGUGCUGGGGCACAAGCCCUGCUGGCACCCACGGGUCUCAGCCUGCCUCUGAGCCCCAACGGGCAGCACAGGGGCUGCAGCAGCUCUCCACGCUCCUCUCCCCUCUGCUUGCACUGCUUGCAGACCCCAGGGCAAGGGAUGUGGUCACCGUGUGCUGACAGCAAUUGCAGACCACCUUUGCCUCCUAGGUUGGGGUUGAUGUGUUCUAUGUGCCUGGUGCUGAGCAUGAGCAGCCUGUGGCAGCACUUUAUUCCUUCCUCUAGAGUAUAUGUAUCCAAGGCCCAGCAGCAGCAGGACUGUGUCAAAUAAAGUUUUGUACAGGAA